GAAACCUGGGCGGGGCGCGCACCCGGAAGGGCCGCGAACAGAGCAGCGCAACAGGCGGCGGCCGGCGAGGGGCUGCGGCAGCGCGCACUGGCCCGGGAUGGACAAACUGAAGAAAGUGCUGAGCGGCCAGGACACCGAGGACCGGGGCGGCCUGGCCGACGUGACUGAGACGUCUUCAUUAAGCUGGGACACCAGAAUCAAAGGCUUCGCGGCGUGUUUUGUCACGGGAAUUCUCUGCUCGCUGCUGGGUACGUUCCUGCUCUGGGUGCCGAGAAAGGGGCUGUACCUGUUUGCAGUAUUUUACACCUUCGGUAACAUCGCAUCGAUUGGGAGCACGGUCUUCCUCAUGGGACCAAUGAAGCAGCUGAAGAGGAUGUUUGAGCCCACGCGUCUGAUCGCGACCAUCAUGGUGCUGCUGUGUUUUGCGCUCACCCUGUGUUCCGCCUUCUGGUGGCAUAACAAGGGGCUUGCUCUCAUCUUCUGCAUCCUGCAGUCCUUGGCCCUGACGUGGUACAGCCUUUCCUUCAUACCAUUUGCGAGGGACGCCGUGAAGAAGUGUUUCGCUGCGUGUCUUACAUAGCACGUGGCCAGCUCUUGCGAAGCUUUGGACGGAAGCCGACGGACACUUUUGUAAAUAUCUUCUAACUCUCUGGCUCACAGGCCUGUGCCUUUUCUCUGGUCACAGUGGGUCUGGGUGACCCAAACAUUUGCUUUUGGAGGCAGCAGCGUGUCCCCAGUCCCAGAUGUCUUAUAGCACAACAGGAGGGGCGGUUCUGUAUCCUCCGGAGAGGCAUCAGCCUCAUCAGCCCCUUCCUUGGUGGGUGUGGUUCCCCAAAUUCUCAUAAAUAAAAACCGCAUUAAGCAACAGACAAGCCUUGGGAGCCAGGGAUCGUCAGGUGGUGAGCCCCUGGUGGCGGGGGCACAGCAGUAAGGGACAGCGUUUGGGGGCCCACGGGACUUUGUAGACUUGUCCCUCAGCUUGGAGACUGGCCUGUGCCCCACACAGUGUGGACACGCUAUUCCCUGGGUCAGGGGCCAGGGACUCAGCCCCCCCUGACUGCUAUGCCAGCCCACAGAGCAGGCUGUUGGGGACACGAACGGGGCACUGGGUGAUAAAAGGUGCUGCUGACUCUGCACCUCGGCCUGUGCAGGUCCCCCGGCUGUGGGACGGGUUUGUGACGGUGGCGCCCGCUCUUUCUCUGGGGUGUUUCUGUCCUGCUUUCCUCGUGAUGUCUGGGAACUAGCUUGAGAGAGAUCAAGGCGGCAAAGAAAGUGCUGCUUUUCCUUUUGGACAAGCGCCAACAGGAGGUGACAGUUUUUGCUGUUCUCUGCUGUAUUUUUUUCCCUCACUGUUUAUAAAUGGUCAGUUAUGUUUCCUGUCUCCUGAAGUGGGGCCGGUGUUGGGGAGGGAAGGCAGAGCCUUGCUUUGGGGUCAGCAGGGUGCAGGCGCCCCGCCCCUUGACCUUUAAGUAGGUUCCGAGUUGGCACUUGAGUCCCCGAGGGACACACUGGGAGAGAUGACACUGUGGGCCGCGGAACCACAGACGAAGGGCUUUGUGUCCCCGACCUUGUUCUCACGGGCCUCAUGAGGAAGCAGGGCUGUCCCUCCAUGCGCUGGUGGGAAUUGAGGCUCGGGGCGGUUGCCACAUGUGCCCGAAGCCACAGUGGGUGGCAGAGCUGGGCCCAGAGCCUGGUGCCCCGGCUUCCGUCUCUCUUGUGACCCUGUGUGUCCCCGUGUGGCUCCAGGACACCCGCUGGAGCUGCGUCCCUGUUUUCACCAGCCAGGCUGUGACUCGGCCCCUGCAGAGUCUCCUGCCCUGUCUCCCCGUGGGCAGCGUCCCGGGCCGGUGGCGUCUCCGUUGGUCUCUGCAUGUCAUAGCUCUUGCCUGACCUCCAAGUGACCUGUCUUGGCCGCCGGACCUCUGGGCUUGCGGCAGCCCCAGAACCACCCUGCGGCGAGGUCUCCCUGCGGUGCCUUUUUGUCCUUCACCAGCCCCGGCUGCCCCCAGGCUCUGGCUCCGGGAGCCUCCACACUGACGGCAGUGGCCGUGCUGGACCGCGCCCCCUGUGCACAGAGCCCUCAGACCGUCCAGCCUUCCCCUCUGACUGGGGAGGAAGGAGCAAGCCCACGGGGCCCUUUGCGGGCGGCUGAGGUCCCGCACCUGCCUUCGGCCAGGGCGGGAGACAGGGCGCCGCCCUCCCUGGCGUCUGUGGGUUCUUCCCCACCCGGUGUCUCUUGAAGACAGUGCAGCUCCCCAGUGGGCUCCGAGCUGCCUUUUAGGAUGUCACCAGUGUGCACCCCACAGCGGCAGAGAGCGUGGGCUUGGAUGUCAAACGUGGGUGCUAGUUGUGGCUGUCACGUACUAGUGUGGUGUUGGACAAGACACGUACCCUCUGGUCCUCAGAUUGCUCAUCUGGUUGAAAAGGGGACAGGGCAGCCCUGCCGGUUGUUGGCAGGACACAGGCGGGGUGCGUGCUGAGAGUUAGUGCACGGCCCAGCACAGGAGAGUGACAUCUCAGUGAGUGGUGGGUGACGUCACUCAGUCUGGGAAUAGCCGGUGACUGUGGAAGGUGACCGGGUGAAUUUUGUCUCUGCCCAUCGAUUCAUCCGGAACAAAGCCCGUGCCGUGUGCAGCCUCACGCGGCGUUGGCAGUAACUCUGGGCUGGUGGUCUUGCCUCCUCACGAUCUGUCCCGGGGCCGGCUCCUCAGUGUGGCUGUGCCCCCGGUCUCCGCUGCCCACCCCCGCUGUGGCUGCUCCUCUCUGGGCAGGGCAAAACCGUCCCCAGCUGAGUGUGUUCACGGGGGCUUCCAUCAGUCCCUGGCGGGGCCACCUUGUGGACUACUUCCCUGUGCGCCACCUCCCACCGUAGGCAGCGCAGGGAGCGAGAACCAAGGGCACAACGCAUCUGAGUGAGGGGUUGUGGGGACCCAUCGGAAACCAGCGAAGAAGUGGGUCCUACCUUGAAAAGAGGCUGUGGGCUGCUGGCUCGGCUGCUUCCUGUGUUGGUGGCUCAUGUUGCUGCCUGAGCGAUGAGACCUGGUGGAAUGAGCUAGUCUCAGCGCUGCGGCUGGGGAUCCCUUUGGGGGCGGGGUGCAGCCUGGGCCGGCCUGCCUCUGCCCCUCGAAACCGCUGUCCAGGGUCAGCCGCAGGCACAGACUCCCGAACGCUCAGCGUGUCCUCGGGCUUCGCCGUCAGCAAAUUAACAGCAGGGUUCAGGCUUUCAGAGCUGCUGUGCGAGGUGUGGGGUACAGUUUAUUUUAAAAUCUAAGAUUUUUUCGAUGUUUAAGAUGGGCAGUAGUUCCUUGGCAGGUAGCAUUUUUUAUAAAUGCAGAUUUCUGCCUCUGUCCCUCGGUGUGAUUGCUUGACUCAGCCACUCUGAACAAGGAAAGGAAACCCAAAAGUCCUGAUGGUGAAGCUGGGGUGGGACACGGGCUUCCCCGUGGGGGGCUUUUAUGCCUUCAGAACAUUGUGUCUGUUCUACCCUGAUGGGCUCUUAAAACACUUUGUUAUAACAUGAGUCACUUUUUAUAAUUGUAGACAGUCAACAAUUUUGAAUGCUGCUGGUUGCAUAACUGAAUUUUUUUCUAUCGAAAAUAUGUCUGUGCGUGCUGCUUUUCCUCCCUUGAGACUGUUUCGUACAACAAAGAUUGUGCUUUUUACUAGCUCGUUUCAAAGAGAAAGAAUAUUGCUGAUAAUUAAGCUAUUUUCCCCCAAAACAUCACAAAACACUUGUUUUUUUGCUUUGCUUUCCCCUUUAAUAAAUGACCGCAUCACGAUCUUUAAUAAAGCCAGUGUCCUCCCUUC